UAGCUGUGUUUGUUUGGCUUCACUGCGCUACUUUGACUUGCGUGAAAGCUGCAGGAUGAAGCUCAGGGUGAGAAUCGACAAACAGACCCGCAGACUGGAGCUGGACGGACCAGAACCGACCCUGUCGGAGCUCAGUGCCCGGGUCAGAGACGCCCUGCUGCCUCAGUGCGGACUGGGAUCUAAUGUGGAGUUCAGUCUGUCUCUGAACGGGAAGGCGGUUCUGCUGGACACGGGACAGACGCUCUCCUCGUGUGGGGUUGUUUCUGGCGAUAUGAUCACUGUGAUUUUGCCCCAGCAAACACAAACUGCCCCAGAAACCCCGAGCGGAGCAGAAGCUGCCCUGACAAACACACCCACAUCCAGCGAGGAGGCUGAACCCGGCGGUGGAGCAGACAGCAGCAGUGUGAGGGAUUCUGGGAUGGAGGAGUGGAUGGAGGAUGAGGAGGGUGUGUCUCCGCCGCUGCUGUGCUGUGAGACGGAGGAUGGAGUGAUUCCUCACACGCUGGAGCGCCUGCUGGACUCGUCCAGCUGCAGAAACCCGUCCGAUUGUCUGAUGCUGGCGCUGCAUCUGCUGCUGCUGGAGACCGGCUUCCUGCCACAGGGUUGUAAUGUGAACUCGGGCGAGAUGCCGAUUGGCUGGCAGGCAGCAGGAGGCGUGUUCAGACUUCAGUAUUCCCACCCACUUCUGGAGAGCAGCCUGGUGUCAGCGGUCGCCGUGACGAUGGGCCAAACGCUCGUCAUUAAUGCUGUUCUUAAGAUGGACAAGAUUAUGGAGAAUUCACGCAAGCUGGUGCUGAAACCAGAUGAUUAUGUGACGGCUGAUUGGGCAGGUGGCUGCGCAGGCGUCGUCUACACAGACUUACGCAGACUGUCUCGUCUCUUUAAAGAUCAGCUGGUGUAUCCGCUCAUGGCCGCCGCCAGACAGGGUGAUCAUCAUGAUUAUUGCUCUCUCUCAGUGCUAGCAUCACGUGUGUCAUACAGAGGGUUUACUGAUUGUUUUGCAGUGUGUUUUCCUGCAGGAAAUCAACACAGAGACACUGACUGGAAGGAGCUUUACAGAAAGAAGUUUAAGCAGAGGAAGGAGAAUGAGCGCCGGGGCAGAUGCCGCUUUUUCCCGUCCCAUGUGCCCCCAAUUUUCCCGCUCACCCCCGUCCCGUCCGCUCCGCUUCCCUUUCCUCCGUACCCUCCCGGCAUCAUCGGCGGAGAUUAUGACCAGGCGCCCGUCAUCCUGCCCCGCCCACGCUUCGACCCCAUUGGCCCACUCCCCGGUCAUCUGCCAGGAUUGGGCGUUCCGAUUGGCCGACGGAGCCUGAGGCCGGCAGACAUCAGGAGAGGUUUCAUCUGAACUUGACCUUCAGCACUUGAAAUGCUUCUUUUUCCAAACAGAUAGAGGGCACACGAUUUUGAUGGUCUUAUUUUUUUGUUCUCUGCUAAUUAAAGCAUUCCUGGGACAUUCAGACCGACAAACACAACGCGAAUAUUCUUUAAAGGGGUCAUCGGAUGCCCAUUUUCCACAAGCUGAUAUGAUUCUUUAGGUUCUUA